AUUGUUGUUUUUUAACGUCAAAUGGUAAAUACUUAAUAAUGAUAAGCUGAGAUAUAACACAGUAUUAAGCCAAGCCUUCAAUUCACACAAGCUUUUCAAUGAUUUCACAUUACGCCACACAAGGGACGAGACAUUGCAGUGUAAGACCCGCCAGGACCAGUUUGAAUUUGGCGCUUCAAUCAGUAACAUCUAGAUACUUUGACAAUUACAGUUAUAAUGGCCUGAGAUUUAUUUUUACACGCUUAUAAUUCUUUAUAUUUAAUUUUCCAUUAGUUUCGUAUAAUAUAAAAGAAGUUGGUGGUUGUUAUUGAAAGGUAAAAGUGUGUUGUGGAUAGGUUUGUGUCCGUACUGUGCAGAGCAGGCCAAGGGAGGACAACACAGCACCAGACAACACAGAAAGGCACUGUGUUUAAAGGGUGCCAUAAACUGUGGCUUCAUUGAAUGUAUUUUGGCAGAACAAGACAGUGACAGGGCCGUGGGUGCCUGCGUGUGCUGGUGCAAGCUUGGUGCCUGCCUGGAGGUGCCUACAGGGAGGUGCCUACAGGGCCACCAAGGCUAAUAUUGAUACAAAUGUAGAGGGACGAAAUAGGGAAGCAGGAAGACCACCACCAUCACCACCAGCAGUGUGGAAGAAAGUUUAGCCUGGAGUUAACGCUGAUCUUCGCGACCCACCACAAGCAUAGUUACGACUCGUUGGCGCAGGACCGCAAGUUUUCCUUCCUGGGCCUGGUCAUGGCAAUUACACAGAGAGGGUUUAUGCGAAGUGUUAAGACUGGAACUGAAAAAGCAACUGCCAAUUAGUGGUUAAUGACGAUGACUCCUGCUUUCAUCCUCAUCGGGGCUAGCAAGACCAACCCUGGGGCUGUACUCUGGACUGACGCUGUAUGCCAUAGGUUCCUCUAUGAUGGUGCCCUGCCUCACUGCCCUCGCCUCCUGUCAUGGCACGGCCUCUCACAAGGGUACCCUGUUUGGCAUUCGAAGGUCACCAGGGGCUCUUCCAAGGGCGUUCGGACCUGUUGUGACAUCAAUAGCUGGCGUUCGUGGAGUGUGACGUUCCCGUGGUGCCUGUUCUGGUGCGCUGGUUGUGUGGACAGGCGGUCAUCUUCUUCGUCCUCUUCGCAGAUUUCUACGCGAAGGCCUACCGCAGCAAGGAUAGGACCAAGGUCAAUGAAAAAUCUAAUGGGUUCGCUUAAGUGUCCGCAAGGCAAUGGAUGUGAUGCUGGAGAGAAGGAAGAAGUUGCAGUAGCCAGUCAUAAAUCGCUUGCUGCUCCCCUUCACCUGCGUGCCCUCAGGUUUUCAAGAUGUCAUUACGGAAAGGAAACAUGCUUACAAUUAGGACUUCUAUCCUGUCUCCUGCCCAGCAUCAAUCACGUCCCGGGAGAAACUUCACACUACCGGGCAGCCUCUGCCAUUCACCUAAGCAUGUUCUGGAUCAAGGGAACCAGUCCUUAGACGCAUAAUACUCGCCAAUAGGAAAUCAUCAAUGGGGAAUGAUUUGAGUAACUCAUUAUAACUCAAGCGACCGGAUCCUGGCACCAGCCGCAUUAAUGCAUGGGAUACGCUGCUCUGGAAUGUCGACUUGUAAAUGUUCCUGCAGAUGUUUCGGAGAGGUAGUGUUAAGACUUUCAUAGUACAUAUUUAUAUGCCAAAUAUCCAUAAUAAAAAAUUUGUAUA